CGCGGGCAGGGGGAUCGCGGCGCCGAAAGGUCUUGGCACCACCUAGGUUCUUGGGACCGGGGCGGGGGAGGGGGCCAGCCUGCCAAAGAUCGCCCCGGGUGCCAAGGGACAGGCCGGGAGCGCCGGCCGCGGGAGCGGCACGGGGACGCUCCAAGUUUUCGGGUGGUUUCGCGCUGGUCCCGGCGAGUAGAGGGCGGCAGAGAAUUGGAAGGUCUCCACUCCUGGGCAGGAGAAGGACUGUCUACGUCUGAGGCACGUUUGGUGCCAUCUACGUCCUUGGCCAGAACAUCUGCAGCUCCUUCCACGGGACUGGGAGCCAGGCCUCGGGGCAGACAAGCCAUGGACCCCCCACAGCCUCAGCAUGUGGGGGCAGCACCUUAGCACAGAGGGGCAGCCUCCGUCCACCCACUCCUACCAAGAAGGAGGGAGCUGAGAAGUGGACCCUUCACCUAGCCUAGCGCUCUCCCCAGGCCCCGGUGAGCAUGGACCAGCAGCUGUGAACAGCCAGAGCCGAUGCCGGGCCCCCAGGGGGCCGGAGGAGCCCCGGCCAUGAACCUGGGCAAGCUCUCACCCGUGGGCUGGGUGUCCAGCUCGCAGGGGAAGAAGCGGCUGACCGCGGACAUGAUCAGCCCCCCGCUUGGGGAUUUCCGCCACACCAUGCAUGUGGGCCGCGGCGGGGACGUCUUCGGUGACACGUCCUUCCUCAGCAACCAUGGUGGCGGCUCAGGGAGCACCCACCGCUCGCCCCGGGGCUUCCUGGCCAAGAAGCUGCAGCUGGUGCGGAGGGUGGGGGCCCCGCCCCGGAGGAUGGCUUCUCCGCCCGCACCCUCACCUGCUCCACCGGCCAUCUCCCCCAUCAUCAAGAACGCCAUCUCCCUGCCUCAGCUCAACCAGGCGGCCUACGACAGCCUCGUGGUGGGCAAGCUCAGCUUUGACCGCAGCCCUGCCAGCUCCACGGAUGGCCACUCUGCUUACGGCCUGGACUCCGGGUUCUGCACCAUCUCCCGCCUGCCUCGCCCAGAAAAGCCUCGUGACCGAGACCGUGAUAGCUCCUUCCCCGCUGAGCCUGAGCUCCGCCGCUCUGACUCCCUCCUGUCCUUCCGCCUGGACCUCGACCUUGGGCCCUCUCUCCUCACUGAGCUCCUGGGGGCCAUGAGCCUCUCAGAAGGCUCUGCAGCUGAGACCCCAGCCCCGGCUCCUGCUGCAAGUCCCUCAGCCUCUGUUGCAAACCCCCCGGCCCCUGCCUCAAGCCCGUCACCUCGUGGAUGCUGCCCCAAUGGGGUAACCACCAGGUUGGGCCCAGUGGCCGAGGCGAGGGCCAGCACGGUGGGAGAGGGCCCCCGUGCGCCUGCUGACGAGGGCCCUGGCAGGCACUGGGGCGCUGUCUCGGGUGGCAGCCAAAGCCGCCGCCACUACACUGAGGUGGAUGCUCGGGCCGAGGGUUUGGGGGCGCUGUCCCAGGCUCGGGCCUCCUGGGGGAGCCUGGAUGAAGAGUGGGGGGCAUCCCAGGCAGGCAGCAGGACCCCCGUGCCCAGCACAGUGCAGGCCAACACCUUCGAGUUUGCUGAUGCUGAAGAGGACGACGAGGUGAAGGUGUGAUCGGCUGGGCACAGGCUGAGAACCCCGGUCAGCCUCCAGGCACCGCCUGCAAGGAACCCAGAUGCAGCCCCAGCCCCUGGUGGCUGGGUCUUGCCAACGACAGAUGGGAGAACCCAAGUUGUCCCCAGACCUGGGCACACCUCUGCUGGACAGACAUGGGAAGGAGGCCAGGGGAGACCAAGCUUGUUCUGGGACCCAGGUGUUCCCCUGGGCCCUGCUCGGCCACCUCACCUCCCUCCACUGCCACUCCGGACCUCCGGACCCAGUAGCCAUUCCCUGGGCCCACCCUCCACCCCAGGCCCCCAACCCGCUGGAGGGCCCAGCCUCACAGUGCAGCCUUUGUGUUGGGAAAAAUGCCCUUGCUGGGUGGGGGUGGGGAGCCUACCACAUAGAGCCUUUGUCUCCUCUCCCGAAGAGACCCUCGGCCCCAGCUCAUCCUGGAGUUGCCCCCAGCAGGGUCCCUCCUGCCUUUCUGAGAGCCCCCAUGGCUGCCUCCCCAACAUUCCCACCGCCGGCCCCAUGUCCCAGAAGCCUCAGAAACGUCAGGUGUGUCCUCCUCACUGGGAGGGAGGAGGGUCCCACCUUCCCGUGCACCCCAGACCUGCCUCUGGGUCCUGAUUAAAAAGGCUUUUUUUGAUAAAA